UGCCUAUAAACUUCCGAGACUGAUAGCUUCCUGAGUUCCUUCCGUUGCUGCGCUGCGCCUUUCUUUUCUCGCCUCAGUUUCGUCCUAACUCCGCCCGUCCUUCCUUCCUUCUCCGGGUGAACGGAGAUCCUCCGAAGGACGUCAGGCAGCGCCUCCAUCGUGCGAUCCGCCCGCCGGCUCUCGCCGUACGUCUCAGGAGGGCCCUUCACUAUCUAAUCAGGAUAACUAAAAGUUGUUCCAAUACCUGAGAUGGUUCAUCAUAUAUCCGAUGAGGCAGCAGCAAAUGAACCUAGCGUCACCACACAGGCACCCGCCUAUGACCCAUCUCAAGCACCUUUGGUGUACAAGGUGGGCUAUCCCCCUCAGAAGAAUUUGGCCAGCGAGUUUACAGAGACAUUGAGAGAGACUUUCUUCCAUGACAACCCACUACGCCAGUACAAGGACCAAUCUUUAUGUAGAAAGUUCAUGAUUGGCUUGGAGUUCUUGUUUCCAGUUUUUGAGUGGGGUAGGGAUUACAACUUCAGCAAGUUCAAAGGCGAUCUGAUUGCCGGAUUGACAAUUGCAAGUCUCUGCAUUCCUCAGGAUAUCGGCUAUUCGAAGCUUGCUAAUUUGGAUCCCCAAUAUGGGCUAUACUCCAGCUUCAUUCCCCCAUUGAUAUAUGCUGCCAUGGGAAGCUCAAGGGAUAUAGCAAUUGGCCCAGUUGCUGUGGUUUCUCUUUUAAUAGGUUCGCUUCUACAAAAUGAGGUUGACCAUGUCAAAAACAAGGAGGAAUACAUGCGCCUUGCUUUCACAGCAACCUUCUUUGCUGGUAUCACUCAAGCAGCUCUUGGAUUUCUAAGGUUAGGAUUCCUCAUCGAGUUCUUGUCACAUGCAGCGAUUGUCGGGUUCAUGGGGGGAGCAGCCAUUACUAUUGCCCUGCAGCAGCUGAAAUAUGUGUUGGGUAUCUCACAAUUUACAAGGAAAACCGACAUUAUUUCUGUUAUGGAAUCUGUAUGGGGUUCAGUUCAUCAUGGGUGGAACUGGCAGACAAUUGUUAUCGGCAUCUCUUUCCUGGCUUUCCUUCUGUUUGCCAAGUACAUCGGGAAAAAGAAUAAGAAACUUUUCUGGGUGCCGGCUAUUGCUCCUAUAAUUUCAGUUAUUCUGGCAACCUUUUUUGUAUACAUUACUCGAGCUGACAAGCAAGGUGUUCAGAUAGUCAGGAAGAUCGAAAAGGGCAUUAACCCAUCAUCAGUACACAAGAUCUAUUUCACCGGUCCAUUUCUUGCGAAAGGUUUCAAGAUCGGUCUUGUUUGCGGCAUUGUUGGUUUGACAGAAGCUGUGGCAAUUGGAAGGACGUUUGCUGCUAUGAAGGAUUAUCAAUUAGAUGGAAACAAGGAGAUGGUAGCACUUGGAACAAUGAACAUAGUAGGCUCAAUGACAUCUUGCUAUGUCGCCACAGGUUCUUUCUCACGUUCUGCUGUUAACUUCAUGGCUGGCUGCAAAACACCAGUAUCCAAUGUGGUUAUGUCGAUAGUUGUGCUUCUCACCUUGUUAGUCAUCACACCACUAUUCAAGUAUACACCAAAUGCGAUCCUGGGAUCGAUCAUCAUUUCUGCUGUUAUUGGCCUGGUGGACUAUGAAGCAGCAAUUCUCAUCUGGAAAGUUGACAAAUUGGACUUCAUAGCUUGCAUGGGAGCAUUUUUUGGUGUUGUUUUUGCAUCCGUUGAGAUUGGUCUCUUGAUUGCUGUAUCCAUCUCGUUUGCUAAAAUACUUCUUCAAGUAACAAGGCCAAGGACAGCACUGCUUGGAAACCUUCCAGGUACCACAAUAUACAGGAACACCAGUCAGUAUCCAGAAGCAAGACUUAUUCCUGGGGUCGUGAUAGUGAGGGUUGAUUCUGCUAUUUAUUUUUCCAACUCCAAUUACGUCCGAGAGAGAAUUCUUAGGUGGUUGACAGACGGAGAAGAUAAAACCAAGGCAGAGGGAUUGCCUAAAAUCAAUUUCUUGAUUGUUGAAAUGUCACCGGUUAUCGAUAUCGAUACAAGUGGCAUACAUGCUCUUGAAGAUCUAUACAAGAAUCUUCAGAAGAGAGACAUUCAGCUCAUAUUGUCAAAUCCUGGCUCCAUUGUCAUUGAAAAGCUGCAUGCAUCCAAGCUCACCGAGCACAUAGGAAGCAGCAAUAUUUUCCUUGCUGUUUCUGACGCCGUGCGGUUCUGCACUACUAAAUCGAUGCAAGAACCAUGAGGCGAAAUGCUUAUGGCAGUAAUAUGUAGUAUCUAUGUAAACGUGUCAUAUACUCCCUCCAUUUCAUAAUUCUUGUUGCGACGACAAGAAUUAUGGAACGGAGGGAGUACUGAUGAUACAAACUGUAGCUAGGUGCAGAGGCAAAGCAGCUGCUUCAGCAUAAGGUGGUUAAUUACAAAUUAUAUCUGUGUCCAAUGUACAGACUGGUGAAAACAUAGAAUAAGUUGUUUCAAGGGAAACAUAUACUAUAAUAAAGUGCAAUCGCCGAAUCCCUCCCGUUCUCUUAAAUAAGAAAUAUUUAUAGAAAUGUUGUAAACUAGAGUUUUGAUAAUUUUCCUUUUGUCGUA